AUGUAUAUUUCAAUACCUCCAUCUGGAUUUACAAUGAUUUCGUAUUUUUACCAUAAAUUGCCUUCUUACAUAUAUUCGUGUUUGCACCUAAGACGUUUGGUUCUAGGUUCAUGUAUAUUCAAACCUCCAUCUGGAUUUAAAGGAUUUCGUAUUUUGGUUGAUCUAAGAUUUAAGCAAGUGCAGUUCACACUUGAGUUUAAAAGUUUUAUCUCCAACUGCCCAUUGCUUGAACGUCUAGUAUUGGUUUUGUGCACUGGUAUUUCUUGCCUGGAGAUCAAUGCUCCUAAUCUUGAAUUCCUACAUUACCAUGGGAUUUUCAUAUCUAUGCAUUUUGAAAAUGUGCCUCGUCUUGCAACUGUGAUGCUUUAUGAGAAUCCCAAUGGGUAUCCAAGAUUCGUAAGUGUGACUAAUUUUUUAACUAGUUUGCCAGCUAUGGAAGAGCUCAUGGUGAAUUCCAAUUUCCUUAAGUCUUUUUCUGUUCAGGACGAAUCCAAGAGGCUUCCAUCUCCUUUGAACCAUUUAAAAGUACUUAAAGUUGCUGAAUUAUGUUUUGUUGAACCAUGUAAAAGUACUUUAAACGGGUUUCCAUGCAAUGAAGCUAACUUGAAUUCCUAUCAAGGGAUUGAACUUUUGGAAGCUGAAAAACAGUCAAAAUUUUGUUUGAACCAACUUCAGAAAGUGGUGCUACUAAAUUUUUAUGGUAGUAGGUCUGAAUUGGAGUUUGUUAAGUUUCUAUUAGCAAAAUUAUGCACACUUAAAGAGAUGUAUAUUCAGUUUCCUACUGUGUUAUCUGCACAAAAUCAGAUGAAAACUUCGGAGGAAGUAGUUCGAUUUCCCCGCGCAUCGGCAAAGGCAGAAAUAAUAUUUGAAGAUCGUAUUCAAUGGCAGACCAGAAUUUAG